AUGGCGAAGAGUUCGUCGCAAAAUCAUCAUCGUCUCAAAAGAGAGGAGAGAAACACUUUACGCCGGAAGGACGACGAAAAGAUGAUGAUUUCAGAAGGACGACGACAAAGACGAGCGAAGCUCCAGACAACUCGCGCGAAUGGAGAAGACGAGACUAUAUUUCUCGAUGGCCCGUCCGCGCCGGAGAAGAAAUUGGUUUUAGCUACAAAUUCCGUUCGUUUGAAGAGCGUUUUGAAGCUCCUCUGUGUCCUUUUAGUCUGCGGAUGGUCCAUGCGUUACGCGCACGAUCCAUCUACAUCUUCUUUAACUUUGUUGAAAAGAGCGUCUGGGAGCGUUACACUAGGUUUUCUGUUGGCUUCGAUCGGGUAUAAAAAGAAAUCUUUGGAUUUGUCCGGGGCGGUCUCGGCGUCCUUGGUCGGCGUUUUGACUAUCUUUUCCGGCGUUCGAUAUGGGUUGACGUUGGCGUUUUUCUUUUUCAGCGGGUCAGCGGUGACGAAGGUACAAAGCGAGGUGAAAAAACAGGUCGACGAGCACUUUAAAGAAGGUGGAGGGUUAAGAGAUUUCGUGCAAGUGAUGGCGAACGGGUUAGUGCCGAUGAUGUUGGCCGCGGCGAGUUUAUAUUCUUUAGGCGGUUUGAGUUUCAUCGCGAACACGACCGGCGCGGGAGCGUUUGCGGAGGCGAUCAUUAGUAGCGGUGGUAGCAAUAGUAGCAUGAGUAACGCGACAACAAAAGUAGCGUCGACGUUAGCGGUAGCCUUUUUGAGCUACUUCUCGUGUUGUGGCGGCGAUACGUUCGCCUCGGAGUUGGGCGUCCUCUCUAAAUCGAAACCGAGAUUGAUAACCACCUUCUGUCGCAAAGAAGUCGAACCGGGGACCAACGGAGGCGUAUCCUUACUCGGCGUCGUUGCCAGUAUUUUCGGCGGUCUCGUCGCUGCCUCGGGCUGGGCUUUAGGCGCGUACAUCACUUCCGGCGUAAGAACUGAAAUCCUUUACGCAUUAAUCAUCGGUGCUUUUGGCGGUUUCUUCGGUUCCUUCGUCGACUCCGUCCUCGGCGCGACGGUUCAAUACAGCGGCUAUUGCCGCGAGCGUAAAAAAGUUGUCAGCAAACCCGGACCGACGGUGACGAAAAUUUCCGGUUUGGAAAUUUUAAGCAACUCUGGUGUGAACGUCCUGUCCGCGUCCUUCAUCGCCGUCGCGUUUGGUGCUUUGUAUUAUUAUCGUAUUUGA